AUGCAUCGCUUCGCCAUUAUAGGGGCGGGAGCAGCGGGUCUUGCGGCCGUGCAACAGCUUCGGGCUGUUGCCGGUGAGCUGCCCAUCGAAAUCUCGGUGUUCGAACGUCGUGCCUGUGUGGGUGGUUUAUGGAACUAUGAGCCACAACCAGGGCCAUGCCAUAUACAUCAGCCCAUUCCAGCAAAGCUUUGCGAAGUCGGUUACGCUACUUCCAGCGAGGAUCCGCAAAAGGUCAUAGCACCUAGUGCGAUGUACGAAGGCCUGCGCACCAACGUUCCAUCGCCUGUCAUGGCAUUCCGUGGUGUACCUUUUCCACCCAAUACUCACAUGUUCCCAUCACGCGCUCAUGUACAUAAUUACCUCCAGCACUUUGCAAGCUCGCAAAGCAUGCUUGACGUGAUUCGCUUCCGUACUGAAGUGGUCCAUGCGAGGCGUGUCCAGAACGGAUGGCAUGUCACAUCUCGCUCUCUUGACGAGCAAUCAGAGUCUAAUGAUGUGUUUGAUGCUAUUUUGGUCGCGAAUGGCAAUUGCGCCACGCCACAUAUCCCGUCGGUACCGGGUCUUGAUCAUUUCCGUGGCCGACAGAUGCACAGUGCAUGGUACAGAUAUCCUGACACGCUGAAUGCGCGCCGCAUUCUCAUUGUUGGCAGCAACUCUUCCGGGUCAGAUAUUGCGCGUGAACUCUGUGGCGGAGCGGUCCGACAGUGGCGCACCUCCGAAGAAUGGCAACGGACGAGCGAGAACGUCACAGUAUAUCAAUCUUAUCAUGACUUAGCCAAGCCUCCUAAAAGCGAUUAUGACCCGCGAGAUCCAGCCAGUCCAGCUUGGUGCCGACGCAUCCAUGUUGUGGGUCCUAUUCAGCACAUCGACGAGCAAGGGGCUUUGGUUUUCUCGGAUGGCGCGCGUCUAGAGGACAUUGACUUGAUUAUCUGGGCCACUGGCUUUUUGCAUAAUGUAUCCUUUUUUCAAGCGAAUGACGAGCCUUUUUGCCAGGCGCCUCUGAUCGUGCAUAAUCAGCAGACAAGCACGGCUGCAACCAUCGCUUCUGCUGAUACUCUGCACCACCUGGACGACUGGAUGAUGUUUUACAAGCCUGAUCCGAGCUUGUGCUUCAUUGGCCUUCCAAAACAUGUCGUGCCUUUUCCAUUGGUUCAGCUGCAAUCCCGUGUUGCUGCUCAUGUUCUUUUAGGCAAGAUACCGCCGCUUCCACGCGUGCGUGCCCAGCUACCCAUCAGCGAUCCAGAGAGGUGGAUUAUUGACGAGUACAACGAGGCACCUGGACCUGAAGCGUGGGGCAACUUUAUCCUGGGACGUGAAGCAGAAUUUGUUUAUACUGACACCCUUUUGAGUCUGCUUCCACGAUCCCAGCCACCAGAGUGGCAGCCCUUUCCUCGUUGGCGACGCGAGCUUCGCAGGAAAGGGAUCGAAAAGCGACGCGAGCUUCUCGGGUAUUAA